CUGGUUUUCGUAAUGUGUUUUUCCAUGAUUAAAACAAUCGUUUCCACCAAUCACAUUACUACGACACAAAAAUACGAAAAUUUCCCUGUUUCAAAAAAAUGGAACUAUGUAUACAAUUCGCGAAUUUUACAUUAAAGCAUUGAUUUAAACAAAAAAACUCUUGUUGGAGAUAGUCGUUUUUUUUUAAUUAUGGGGCAAUGUGUUUGCUCGGAACCCCCUCUGCACACCGAUCAUAAUGAGUGGCACAUAGAAGGGAUAUGUACUAAUAAUGACUACUCUUCACAUCAAGGCGCUUUUCCAGCAACAAAACGCUCUACUAUAUCCUCAAUUUCUUCACAUUCUAUAAAGUAUUCAAAUGGAGCUUUGUACGAAGGAACUGUUGUUAAUGAAGUACCACAUGGUCAGGGUCAAUAUACUUAUUCAAAUGGAAGUAUCUACAAAGGCAAUUGGAGGAAUGGAAAGGCUUGCGGUAUUGGAACGUUUAUGCACGUUGACGGGUCACGAUACGAGGGCGAAUGGAAAGACAAUCUUCGUGAAGGGAAAGGAUGUGAAAUUUCUAAAUCAAACAAUACUCGUUAUGAAGGAAAUUUUCAUAACGGUCAAAAACACGGACUGGGACAUUUGUAUUUAGCCGACGGAUCUCAUUAUGUUGGAGAAUUCAAAAAUGAUUCUAUUGAUGGAUUCGGUAAUUACUAUUGGAAAGACGGACGUACAUAUUCGGGAGAUUGGAAAAACAACAAACUUGAUGGAGAAGGGCAAGCUACUUGGCCCGACGGUCGCGUUUAUGUUGGACAAUAUGAAAAAAAUAAAAAAUGUGGGCAAGGCGUCCUUAAAUGGCCUGAUGGCCGUAUAUAUGCUGGAGGUUGGUUCGAAGGAAAACAACAUUCUACUGGUUGUUUUAUAGAUGCAAAAGGCAUUGAACGCACAGGUUUAUGGAAAAAUGGAGUUUUAUUGGAAUGGAUUGACGUUUUUUCCAUCACUUCAAAAUCCGAAAGGGACAUGUUGAAAUCCACAAGUACAGAUGAGUUACAAACUCUGGACAGUUUAAAGGCACAAAAUAGUGCAUGAACAGAGUCUCUAUAACGUUCUUUUUCUUAGUAAUCUCAUGCAAUAACGAGUUCCUUUGUUCGUUACCCUAACCUUAAAUGACUUCUACCUCAUUUUUGUUAGCCAAAAGUGUAUCUCUUUAAUCGUAAUGUCUUAUCCUUCCUAGCUGUAUUUUGCUUGGAUUGCUUUUCUAGACAUUUGUACCCUUAAAGUUUCUUUUUUUUCAUUAAAGAAAUUAACGGUAUUGUUUUUGUGGCUUUCCCAUUAGUAGUCUUACAAAUAGUUUAAUGUUGAAAGCAAUUAAAACAUCGCGCUCUAUUUAUUCUUAGUUAUUUUUUGAAACAUAAUAGUACCGAAAGUUCGAUUUACUUAGAUACACCGUAGUUUAAAUUUCUGCAAAAUAUACGUUUUUUUUUUAACUUUUACAUUAUAUGCCACUUUGAUUGGAAAUCACUUAACACAUUUUAAAAACUUGUUAAAACGACGUUAUAAAUAGGUAUAUACCAAGCCCGUUGAUAGCACGUUUCUGCAUAGACCAUACAACAAUUUUAAAAAUAGAACAAAUGGAUGUCCAUCUUUUAUCGUUCCACUCUAGUUGUGACGACAUCGUUCAAAAAAGCUUAAAACCUGCAGUGGAAGGCUUCAUGUUAACGCCUGACUCAUUUUAAACUGUCGCACUUCACCCUUGUCGAAGCUCGACACCAUAGAAUAAAAAGUAACAGUAAGCAUAAGCAUGAUAAAAC